AUGGAGAGUCGAGCUCUGGACCCAGGGACUCGGGACUCCUAUGGUGCCACCAGUCACCUCCCCAACAAGGGGGCCCUGGCAAAAGCCAAGAACAACUUCAAAGACCUGAUGUCCAAGCUGACGGAGGGCCAGUAUGUGCUGUGCCGGUGGACAGAUGGACUGUAUUACCUUGGGAAGAUCAAGAGGGUCAGCAGUUCCAAGCAGAGCUGCCUUGUGACUUUUGAAGAUAAUUCCAAAUACUGGGUCCUGUGGAAGGACAUACAGCAUGCUGGCGUUCCGGGGGAGGAGCCCAAGUGUAACAUCUGCCUGGGGAAGACAUCAGGGCCUUUGAAUGAGAUCCUCAUCUGUGGCAAGUGUGGCCUGGGUUACCACCAGCAGUGCCACAUCCCCAUAGCAGGCAGUGCCGACCGGUCCCUGCUCACACCUUGGUUCUGCCGACGCUGCAUCUUCGCGCUGGCUGUGCGGAAAGGCGGCGCGGUGAAGAAGGGCGCCAUCGCCAGGACGCUGCAGGCGGUGAAGAUGGUGCUCUCCUACCAGCCCGAGGAGCUCGAGUGGGACUCGCCCCACCGCACCAACCAGCAGCAAUGCUACUGCUACUGCGGCGGGCCCGGAGAGUGGUACCUGCGGAUGCUGCAGUGUUACCGGUGCAGGCAGUGGUUCCACGAGGCUUGCACCCAGUGCCUCAAUGAGCCCAUGAUGUUUGGAGACCGGUUCUACCUGUUCUUCUGCUCCGUGUGUAACCAGGGCCCAGAAUACAUUGAGAGGCUACCCCUGCGAUGGGUGGAUGUAGUUCACCUGGCCCUCUACAACCUGGGGGUGCAGAGCAAGAAGAAGUACUUUGACUUUGAGGAGAUUCUGGCCUUUGUCAACCACCACUGGGAGCUCCUGCAGCUUGGCAAGCUCACCAGCACCCCCGUGACGGACCGAGGACCGCAUCUCCUCAAUGCGCUGAACAGUUACAAAAGCCGGUUCCUCUGUGGCAAGGAGAUCAAGAAGAAGAAGUGCAUCUUCCGCCUGCGCAUCCGCGUCCCGCCCAACCCGCCAGGGAAGCUGCUGCCUGACAAGGGCCUGGUGCCCACUGAGUAUGGCACCUCCUCUGAGCUGCGUAAGAGAGGAAAGAGCAAGCCUGGGUUGUUGCCUCACGAAUUCCAGCAGCAGAAAAGGCGAGUUUAUAGAAGAAAAAGAUCAAAGUUUUUGCUGGAAGAUGCUAUUCCCAGUAGCGACUUUACCUCGGCCUGGAGCACCAACCACCACCUGGCCAGCAUAUUUGACUUCACGCUGGAUGAAAUUCAGAGUUUAAAGAGUGCCAGCUCAGGCCAGACCUUCUUCUCAGACUUGGACUCCACGGAUGCUGCCAGCACCUCUGGCUCCGCCUCCACCAGCCUCUCCUAUGACUCCAGACGGACAGUGGGCAGCCGGAAGAGGAAGCUGGCAGCCACAGCGUACACGCCACUGCGGGCAAAGCGGCGGGCAGCCGAGCUGAGUGGACGCUGCCCCUCGGACAGUGGGGCCGAGGGGGCUUCGGGCCCCGAGCGGGCAGACGAAAGCAUUGACAGCCACACGUUUGAGAGCAUCAGCGAGGACGACUCAUCCCUGUCCCACCUCAAGUCAUCCAUCACUAACUACUUUGGCGCGGCUGGGCGGCUGGCCUGUGGGGAGAAGUACCAGGUGCUGGCUCGGAGGGUCACGCCUGAGGGCAAGGUCCAGUACCUGGUGGAGUGGGAAGGGACCACCCCUUACUGACUAGCCCGCAGGGGGUGCCGGGAGCCCUGGCAGC